CUUUGAAUGGGCUGUACUGAUAGGUAACUUUACGCGGAGUGUUUAAAAGCUGUGUGAGUAAAUGAAAUCGGGUAUUCCCAAACUUGGAGACUCUUUGUACCGUCCGAGGCAUUUUGAUCUACAGGUAUCAUGGUUCGCUACGUGGACGAUUUGGCAGAGUUCCAGGCCAUCCUGAAAGAUGCUGGAAACAAGCUGGUGGUGGUGGACUUCACAGCCACAUGGUGCGGCCCCUGCCAAAGGAUCGCCCCAGUGUACGAAGCAUUGGCAGCAGAUUCUAGCAAUGCAAAUGUGAUUUUCCUGAAGGUUGACGUGGAUGAUGCUCAGGACGUGAGCUCACAUUGUGGAAUCAGGAGCAUGCCCACAUUCCAGUUUUACAAGAAUAACCAGAAGGUGCACGAGUUCUCUGGUGCUGAUGGAGCUAACCUAAAAGCAAAAGUGGAAGAGCUGAGAUAAGAAGUCCAGUUGACACAGCCAUGUUUAAAAAAAAAAAAAAGAAUCCUCACAGUAGAAGCUGUUACCCUCGACACAUUCCCACACAGCUAAUAAAAAAAAUCCACACAUCCUGUAGUAGUGACAUAGAUUAGUGUCUGUCUCAACUGGCUGAAGCUUGACGCUGAUCACCACUUUUAAUUCUGGUAUUAUGAUUCGGCUUUGCUCCUGAAUUACCUUGUAUGUGUUCAAUAAAGUGGAUUUAAUAAAUGAA